CUUCCGGGUCGCGCUGGGCCGGGCUCGCAGCCGUCGCGCCGCUGCGCGGGAGCCUGGGAGCCGCCCCCCGGCGCCCCGGCGCCCCGGCCUCCCCGCGCCGCCCGGUAGCUGUUGAAGCCCACGGCGCGCGCCUCUCCCGGACCCUGCAGGGUAAAAGAAUAUCCUAAUUCUACAUUUGUAUCUGAAAUCAGCGUGUAAUUUUCCGGCCACAUGGAUGAGUGCCAACUUUUGCAUUUCCAGUGCGUAUCCUAUGACCAUUCUACCUGGGAACAUCCUUCAAAGAGUUCAUGCGUCUUACCGAGGACACCUGACCUUUUGAAGCCUCAUAAUUCACAUCUAGAUGUCACCGGUCUUUCCCAUGUUAACAGUUCUGACUAUGUUUUAUUAUAUGUGCCUUCGGCGCCGAGCCAGGAUAGCUACACGAGGAGAAAUGAUGAACAGCCAUAGGACUAUAGAAUCAAACAGCCGGGCUUCCCCUCUCAAUGCAGAGGUGGUCCAGUAUGCCAAAGAAGUGGUGGAUUUCAGCUCCCAUUAUGGGAGUGAGAAUAGCAUGUCCUAUACCAUGUGGAACUUAGCAGGUGUCCCAAACGUGUUUCCAAGUUCUGGUGACUUCACUCAGACGGCUGUGUUUCGAACUUACGGAACGUGGUGGGACCAGUGUCCUAGUGCUUCCAUACCGUUCAAGAGGACGCCGCCUAACUUUCAGAGCCAAGACUACGUGGAACUUGCUUUUGAACAGCAGGUGUAUCCCACAGCUGUUCACGUUUUGGAAACUUAUCAUCCUGGAGCAGUCAUUAGAAUUCUAGCUUGUUCUGCAAAUCCCUAUUCCCCAAGUCCACCAGCGGAAGUCAGAUGGGAGAUUCUUUGGUCAGAGAAACCUACGAAGGUGAAUGCUUCCCAGGCUCGCCAGUUUAAACCUUGUAUUAAGCAGAUAAAUUUCCCCACAAAUCUUAUACGGCUGGAAGUAAAUAGUUCUCUUCUGGAUUAUUACACUGAAUUAGAUGCAGUUGUAUUACAUGGUGUGAAGGACAAGCCACUGCUUUCUCUCAAGACUUCACUUAUUGACAUGAAUGAUCUAGAUGAAGAUGACUAUGAAGAAAAGGAUGGUUGUGGAAUGGACAAUCUGAACAAAAAGUUUAGCAGUAUUGCCCUCAGGGAAGGGCCAAGUAAUGGAUAUUUUGAUAAACUACCUUAUGAGCUCAUUCAACUGAUUCUGAAUCAUCUUACACUACCAGAUUUGUGUAGAUUAGCACAGACUUGCAAACUACUGAACCAGCAUUGCUGUGAUCCUCUGCAGUACAUCCACCUCAAUCUGCAACCAUACUGGGCAAAACUAAAUGACACCUCUCUGGAAUUUCUGCAAGCUCGCUGUACUCUCGUCCAGUGGCUUAAUUUAUCUUGGACUGGCAAUAGGGGCUUCAUCUCUGUUGCAGGAUUUAGCAGGUUUCUGAAGGUCUGUGGAUCUGAAUUAGUGCGCCUUGAAUUAUCUUGCAGCCAUUUCCUUAAUGAAACUUGCUUGGAGAUUAUUUCUGAGAUGUGUCCAAAUCUACAGGACUUAAAUCUCUCAUCCUGUGAUAAACUACCACCUCAGGCUUUCAACCACAUUGCCAAAUUAUGCGGCCUUAAACGACUCGUUCUCUAUCGAACAAAAGUAGAGCAAACAGGCCUGCUCAGCAUUUUGAACUUCUGCUCAGAGCUUCAGCACCUCAGUUUGGGUAGUUGUGUCAUGAUUGAAGACUACGAUGUGAUAGCCAGCGUAAUAGGAGCCAAAUGUAAAAAACUCCGCACUCUGGAUCUGUGGAGAUGUAAGAAUAUCACCGAGAAUGGGAUUGCAGAGCUGGCUUCUGGGUGUCCGCUUCUGGAAGAACUUGACCUUGGUUGGUGCCCCACUCUGCAGAGCAGCACUGGGUGCUUUGCCAAACUGGCCCGCCAGCUUCCGAACUUGCAGAAACUCUUCCUAACAGCUAACAGGUCUGUGUGUGACACAGACAUUGAAGAACUGGCAUGUAAUUGUACCAGAUUACGCCAACUGGACAUACUAGGAACAAGAAUGGUAAGUCCAGCAUCCUUAAGAAAACUCCUGGAAUCUUGUAAAGAUCUUUCCUUGCUCGAUGUGUCCUUCUGUUCUCAGAUUGAUAAUAGAGCUGUGCUAGAACUCAAUGUGAGCUUUCCUAAAGUGUUCAUAAAAAAGAGCUUUACUCAGUGACUUAAUAGAUGUUCUAUAAUAAAAUUAAUGUGCUUUCGUAGGGUUUUGUUUGCGGGUUGGUUUUGUUUUGUUUUUAUAAUGGUGGGAAUGUCUUUGUAUCCCAUUAAGACAUUAGUGGCUUUUAAAGAAAAAUAUGGAAUUGUCCAUUAAAUCAAUGAUGUAAGCACAUUGUAAUCAUUGUAAUGAUGUAAAUCACAAAAUAUUUUAAGCACUUUAAGAAUGUGUGAGUAGCUCAUAUUAUUUUUAUCUUUUGUUAAUCUGUGAUAUUAUGCUUUAGUCAAUAAUUACAUGUUUAAUAAAAGUAAUAUGGAAAUAUUUUAACUUAUUUUGAAAGGAGCACUUUGAGCAAUAAAGUAUCAUGAUAUUUAUGCAAAACAUUAAAUAAAAGUAAUUUUUCACA